GAGUUUAUUUUAUGUGAGAAAUUGAAGAUCGAAGUGGAAGUUUGGCAUCUGAGUCCCGUAUUGGGGUGUGAAGAACCUAAAAUUAGUUGGUUGAAUCCAAAUCUGAGAGAAAGAGAGAGAAAGACAUUGAUUGAUUGGUAAUGGCGGAAGGGAAGGAAGAGAGUAAAUCUAGCGAAGAGAGCGUGAAGCUGUUCGUAGGGCAAGUGCCGAAGCACAUGACAGAACCCGAACUCCUUGCAAUGUUCCAGGAGUUCGCUCUCGUCGACGAGGUCAACAUAAUCAAGGACAAAGCAACUCGUGUUUCCCGAGGUUGUUGUUUCGUCAUAUGUCCUUCCAGGGAGGAGGCUGAUAAGGCCGUCAAUGCGUGUCACAACAAGAAGACGCUACCCGGGGCAUCCAGUCCAUUACAAGUGAAGUAUGCAGAUGGCGAGUUGGAAAGAUUAGAACACAAACUCUUCAUUGGCAUGCUUCCGAAGAAUGUAUCCGAAGUCGAAAUAUCUGCACUUUUCUCCCAGUAUGGAACCAUAAAGGAUUUACAGGUUUUAAGAGGUUCUCAGCAAACAAGUAAAGGUUGUGCAUUUUUGAAGUAUGAAACCAAAGACCAGGCGCUUGCUGCUUUGGAGGCAAUCAAUGGAAAGCAUAAAAUGGAGGGUUCAAGUGUUCCCUUAGUUGUUAAAUGGGCUGAUACUGAAAAGGAAAGGCAAGCUCGAAGAGCUCAGAAAGCACAGUCCCAAGCUUCUAAUGUACCACACAGUGAUUCUCAGCACCCGUCAUUGUUUGGAGCCUUGCCUAUGGGUUAUGUUCCUCCAUAUAAUGGAUAUGGUUAUCAGGCUCCUGGAGGUUAUGGGCUCAUGCCCUACCGCAUGCCACCAAUGCAGAGUCAACACGGUUUCCAUAAUAUGAUGCCCCAUAUGAAUCAUCAAGGAAAUGCAUUAAGGCCUGAUCUUGGCCCUAAUAUGAACCCUAGAAAUUAUCAUGUGGCUCCUGCAAGUUAUGUUGGUUCUUAUCCUGCUGUAACAGGUCUACAACAUCCCAUGGCAUAUCCUACAGGAAUGAUUAGUCCAAGGCCCAUGAAUGCUUCUCCAGGCUCCGUUUCACCUGCUAGUGGAAACAACAACACUGCUGCAUCUUCUGGUGGCAGCAAAAAUUCUGGGGGGCAGGUUGAAGGACCACCUGGUGCCAACCUAUUUAUUUAUCACAUACCUCAAGAAUUUGGAGAUGAAGAACUUGCCAAUGCUUUUCAGCCAUUCGGUAUGGUCUUGAGUGCUAAAGUUUUUGUUGAUAAAGCAACUGGUGUUAGCAAAUGUUUUGGGUUUGUAAGUUAUGAUUCUCCAGAGGAUGCUCAAUCUGCCAUCAGUAUGAUGAAUGGAUUCCAAUUAGGAGGUAAGAAGUUAAAGGUCCAGCUUAAGAGGGAUAACAAACAGGGUAAACCUUACUGAUGAAGCUCAACGAUGGAAUUUUGUACAAUUCACAUUGUAAUUCAUGACCCAUCUGAUGUUAAUACAAUUUGUAAUUUUCUGUAACAUCAAAGUUCAAUUGCACAUUGAUUAUUAAUUUAUUGAUUUUUCCCUCAA